AUGGUAGUCAAAGAUUGCCGCUCCCCACCCAAACGCUGUGCAUUCUGUAACUGCAGCAAGUGGAGCUUACAUGGGCAGCGUGAGCUGCUGCGUUUUGAUCCGGCACCCGACUGGGCAGAAGGUCUUUCUGAGCCUCAAGAAGGGGAGCAGCCUGGCUUAAGAGAAGCUGGAAGUGAGGACCAGACUCUCAUUGGCUUUGCCGAUGGUAUUUCGGUGCGAGAGGUGUUUGAGCCAACAGGGCACUUCUGGGCUCAUCACUGGUGUGUGGUGUGGUCAGCUGGAAUCCUACGUGCGGAAGGGUCAUGGUUGAGCCAUGUGAACAAAGCUGUCAUCUCAGGGAUUGCUCAGAAAUGUGAACACUGUAGAAGAUUGGGUGCUACCAUUCCAUGUCGUGCGGAGGGAUGCCAGCGCCACUAUCACUUCCCCUGUGCUGCGGCCAGUGGCUCCUUCCAGUCCAUGAAGUCCUUGAAGCUCCUGUGUCCGGAGCACCUAGACCAGGCUGUGCAAAUGGAGGAUUCACGCUGCAUGGUGUGUGAUGCACCGGGGGACUUGCGAGACCUGCUCUUCUGCACCAGCUGUGGCCUGCACUACCACGGCACCUGCUUGGAGAUCAUGGUAACACCCCGCAAACGCUCUGGCUGGCAGUGUCACGAAUGCAAAGUUUGCCAAACCUGUAGGCUAUCGGGAGAGGACAGUAUGACAUUAGUGUGUGAAGCUUGCGACAAAUGUUACCAUACGUACUGCCUGAAGCCAGCCAUUGAGAGCCUCCCCACAGACUCCUGGAAGUGCAAGAGUUGCCGGGUUUGCUCUGACUGCGGCUUCCGCCCGUCUGCACUAGAUCCCUGCUGCCAGUGGUACGAGAACUACUCUCUGUGUGAAGGGUGUCAAGAGCGGCGUUUCAAGGACACAGCGGUCCUGGAGGUCGUACAGCACAGGCAAGAGUGA